AUGUUUCAAAUCCUUUGUUGUUCAUUCUUCUCCCUUGCACAGAUGUUGAUAAGUUACAUUUAUGUAAGUGUCCAUUUUCAACCGUCUCAUUUAUCUGUACCCGACUCCACACCAACUACGUUAAGUCCCUUAACCUUCUUUAUCGAUAUAACUUCCUCUUCUAUUAUAGGUCAAUUCUUACCCCCUCUCCUUUUAUUCUUUCCUUUUUCUUUUUUCAUUCUUUCUUUGCUUUUCAAAUUUCCCACACUGCUACGCGUACCGGCAUCGUUAUGCGUCCCACGUCAAAAAUCAGGUUACGUCGCACCGCAGGAACGGAUCUCCGAGGGACCUUGCUUGGCAGUUGAGAUAGUUACGUAUUUGUGUUUGACGCUUGCCAUUAAUGUUCCACCUCUGGUGAAAACCAGAAAUAGACAGACUGUUCUUGCUUCUCAUUCCACUUAUCUAUCUAUCUAUCUAUCUAUCUAUCUAUCUAUCUAUCUAUCUUGGUACAUACAUACAUUCAUAAAUGCAUGCAUACAUACAUACGAUCUAUCUAUCUAUCUAUCUAUCUAUCUAUCUAUCUAUCUAUCUAUCUAUCUAUCUAUCUAUCUAUCUAUCACAGUUAUUUAUAUCUGUAUAUUCUAA